AUGCGACUCUUCGUCAUCCCUAUCUCGACGCGACAAGCUCUAAUCUACGCUCGACCCCUCCGCCGUGGUCCGUCGCAGAAGCCUUCGAUACAUGACCGGGUCAUACAAAAGGCUGCAGAAACAUGGGCGAAAUGGGAGGAGGCCGAUAAGGGCUGGAAGAAGCAUUUGGUCUCUUGGGGUAAUCGGGUGCAGCAACGCAUCCCGUAUCAAGAAUGGGGUCUGAAAAGUAUUCCAUCUCUCGCAGCGGUGCGGCGACUUGAUGAAUCCUACGGGGCCAAGAAAGUGGACGUACUAUUCCCGGGGAAUGCUAUUCGGCCGGAAAAGCUACAAAAGAUGUUGCAAGCAAUUGCGACGGAAAGGCAGGACUUGCAUCGCCGAAGGAUGUGGUUGAGCUUGCUUGCGACGCCCUUGACCGCUCCCGUUGGGCUUAUUCCUCUUGUACCUAAUGUCCCUUUCUUCUACCUCGUGUACCGAGCAUGGUCCCAUGGACGAGCACUUAACGGCUCCAAACACUUGGAGUUUCUUCUAGAGAAGAAUCUCCUGAAUCCGAUAUCAUACCCUGGGCUCGAAGAACUGUACGCGAAGCGCGUAUCUUACGCGCUGGAGAAUACUGGAGUGGACAAACCCAUUGCGGAGAUGGUAGAAGACGUGGAGAAGAGUGAUGAUAAAUUACUUCUCCGCAUGACAGAUGCGAAGAAACUAGCCUCGAUACUCGAGGCACCGGAUCUUGCGCUUGAAGCUGAGCGAGCUAUCAUACAAGUGGAGGAAAAGCUGAAGGCUGAUGCGAAGAAAGAUGCUGAGGAUGGGGCCUCUGAAAAGAAAGAUACAUGA